CCUUUAUCAUUGAUUCCUGCAUUUUAUUUUAUUUUUCUUCAUUAUAUUCUAUUUUAAUUUUUAGCCCUUUUACCUUUAUUCUAUAAGCUGGAUCUCAAUUUCACAAACAUAAUUUUUGGGCGAAUCAAACCGUGGAAUGCCAAAAGCUGAAUGCGCAUUGGCAUGUUUUUGAUACAAAAGAUGGUUUUUUCCACUAAAUCGUGUGUAUGAAAGGUUAUUGAUUGAGCAGAGGAUACAUACUCUGCUUCACAAGAGUGAGGUUAUGGUGUAAUGGCUUCUGAGAGGGAAUAUUUUGAUCGCUCUGGACCCUUACACUUAACAUGUGUUGACUGGGAUAAUGCACAUCAUCGAAAGUCAGUUGCUGCUAGUUUGGUCCAAGGUGUUUAUGUUUUAGAGAAGGACAGACAAGAACGACGACAAGGUCCCGAUGCUCUUGCAUUGCCAUGGUGGACGUUCUUCCAUUUUCAGUUGCUUCGAACACUUGUUGACGAUGUUGAUUCUUCCAUCUUUGGUGCAAUUUAUGAGUUCAAGCCGCCAACUUCUAUAUGCAAUGACACUUUACACAGAAGUCCAUGUUAUGUAAUUGCAUUUCGAGGGACUAUAACCAAAGCAGACUCAGUUUCCCGUGACAUUGAGUUGGAUAUCCACUUCGUGAGAAAUGGGCUUCAUCAGACAUCACGCUUUGAGAUAGCUAUCCAAGCUGUUCGAAACAUGGUGGCCACUGUGGGUGGUUCAAAUAUCUGGUUAGCUGGUCACUCUCUAGGAUCAGCAAUGGCAAUGCUCAUUGGGAAAACCAUGGCCAAGACAGGCGUAUUUAUUCAGUCUCUUCUGUUCAACCCUCCAUAUGCAUCUGCUCCAAUUGAGAGAAUUAAGGAUAAGAAAUUGAAACACGGGCUUCGAUUUGCUGGCAGUGUAGUAACAGCAGGAAUUGCCAUUGCUAUGAAGGCUAAGCAGAAGAAGAGUUUGUCCUUUGAUCCAUUUGCUGCUUUGUCUGCCUGGGUUCCAUGCUUAUUUGUGAAUCCAUCUGACCCUAUCUGCUGUGAGUAUGUCGGAUACUUUGAGCACAGAACAAAAAUGGAGGAGAUUGGUGCAGGAAGCAUUGAAAAGUUAGCCACCCAAACCUCCCUUGGUUGUCUACUGAUGGGUGCUUUGGGGAAGGAAUCUGAUGAACCUCUUCACCUCAUUCCUUCUGCAUCUCUAACGGUUAAUCAUACUCCUUCACGAGAUUUCAGAGAAGCUCAUGGGAUUCACCAAUGGUGGAAACCCGACUUACGCCUGGAAUCCAAGCUCUACCAAUACUAAUCGUUCUUGUAGUUGUAAUAUACUGCUUGGUAGAUGUGAAUUGAGUUAUGCUGUCUCUGGUUUUCCAUGUGAAAUCGAUUUUUUAAAGUGUGGAAUCCUAGCUCCAGUGCCAAAUCUAAAAAUUCUUGAGAUUGUUGUGAUAUAUUGGUGGGUUUCUUUGUGAAAGCGUGGAAUCCAAACUCUAUAAUACUAUCAAUUCUUGUGGUGAUUGUAAAUAUAUUGGUAUA